AUGGACACCUCUCGGGCUCUCGAACAGCCCCUACUCCAAUUUCUAAAGACAACUGCAAUAGUUCCCGUCUCGCCCCUUGAAUAUUAUCAGAAUAAGCAGUCCUCCUCCUUGAUCCACAACAUGGCGAACCUCAUGAUCAUAAUCCUGACCUUCUGGCUCUCCGCCACUGGACUGAUGGCGAGCCCUACGCCCCGGCCCGAUGAGAACACGUUCGACGCUGUGGCUGAACCUGAAAACUGCUGCCUCUGAGCUUGUCCGAAGGACCUUUGUCUUGGGUGGGGCAAUGUGCGCUAGAAUGUGG